CUCUUCAGAGCUCAGCUCAGAGACAGAGAAGAAAGCAGCGCAGAACAGCGAGAGGGAGAGAAAUCGAUCAGCCAAAAAGCCAAAAAGCCAACAGCAACGUCACCGAGCAGAGAGACGGAGAGCGCUUUGCCCUUUUGCCGUCUCGAUUCGCAUCCACCUCUGCGCCGGGCGGCAACGACGGCGAGGCGCCGCGAUGAACGCCCACGUGAGGAGUUCUUCAGCUGCGGAUGCCGCGGCGGCGGCGCCCAGCACCAGCGGUAGCGGCGGGACGGCGUCGUACCCCUACACCGCCGCCGGCGGCGGCGGCGGCGACGGGGACGACAAUGCGGGCGCCGGCGGGGCCAAGGUCUGGGUUCUCGUGCUCCUCUUCGCGCUGCUCCUGCUGCCGUUCCUGCCCUCCGCGGUGCGGCGCGGCGGCCCGACGCCCUGGGCUGGAGGCGGCGGCGGAGGAGGAGGAGGAGGGGGAGGCGGGGGCCAAGGGUACCGCCGCGGCGGGAUCAGCUUCAAGAGCGGCUGGGACGUCGUCAACCUCUGCCUCGUGCUCUUCGCCAUCCUCUGCGGCCUCCUCGGCCGCGGCAGCGGCGGCGACGGGGAGUCCUCCUCCGGCGCGGCUUCGGCGUCGGCGGCGGCCAAGGGCGACCGGCAGGAUGCGUCUCUCGCGCCGCCCGCGGGGGACGUCACGGCGGCGAGGACGGACUCGGGGGACUGGGGGGAGGGCUACGACUCCUUCUCCAGCGUCUACGCCAGCCUGCCCCGCAUCAACAACCACGCGCACACGGCGGGGAUCCGACGGAUGAAGAGCAGCAGCUCCUACCCGGAGCUGCGCCUCGGCAGCGACGGCGUCUGGAGCCUCGCGUCGCCGGAGGCCGCCUGGCGGUCCUACGACGACGCCGACCUGUACCGGAACCGCCGCCCGGAGCGGCGGGAGCGGAGCUGGGACGUCGACCCACAGGGGAGGGCGCCGGAGGUGAAGACGAUCCCCGUCGACACGUUCGUCGAGCGCGGCCGGAGGUCGCCGCCGCCUCGAGAGCCGCGGAGUCGGAGGAGGAGUGUCGAGAGGCUCCCCAAGAUGCCCGAGGUGGUGGAGGAGGAGAGGCCGCAGCCAAGGGACGCGGUGGUCACGCCGGCGAGGAGCAUGAGGUGGAGCGCGGAGGCGGAGGACGUCAUACCGGAGCAGGAGGUGCGGGUGGCGCCACCGAGAAUCAGGAGGUGGAACUCGGAGUCGUUGGAUUCGUUUCUGGAACAGGAGGCGGCGGCGGCGGCGGCCCCGGCGAGGAGCAGCAGGUGGAGCGCGGAGCCGGUGGACGUGAUACCGGAGCAGGAGGAGCGGGUAGCGCCGGCGAGUAUCAGGAGGUGGAACUCGGAGUCGUUGGAUGCGUUUCUAGAGAGGGAGGCAGCGGCGGCUCCGACGAGGAGCAGCAGGUGGAACGCGGAGGCGGUGGGCGUGAUACCGGAGCAGGAGGAACGGGUGGCGCCGGCGAGGAUCAGGAGGUGGAACUCCGAGUCGUUGGAUGCGUUUCUAGAGAGGGAGGCGGUGGUGGCUGCGGCGAGGAGCAGCAGGUGGAGCGCGGAGGCGGUGGAUGUGAUACCGGAGCAGGAGGCGCCGGUGGCGCCGGCGAGGCUCAGGAGGUGGAACUCGGAGUCGCUGGACGCGAUACUGGCGCAGGAGGCGGCGGCGGCUCCGGCGAGGAGCAGCAGAUGGAGCUCGGAGGCGGUGGGCGUGAUACCGGAACAGGAGGCUCCGGUGGCGAUGGCCCCUGCUGCUCCACCACCUCCGCCACCGCCGCCGGCGCCUACCCGACGGCGACGGCGCAGCGUCGAGAAGCUGCCGAGGCCAGAGGAACUGGAGCAAGAGAUAGCAGUGGAAGAGGUCAGGAACCCGAUGCCGCCGCCAACGCCGGCCAUGUUCCCGCCUGGAACGCCGCCCCCGCCGCCACCUCCACCGCUUCCGUCGACGGGGUCGCGCAGCAAGAAGAAGCGGGGCGGCAGUGUCGGCGGCGCCAAGGAGCUGGCGUCCGCCAUUGCUCUGUUCUACCAGAAGAAGCGCAAGAGCAUUACCAUGAAGGCCAAGAGGCGGCCCCACCACCACCACCAUUCCGACGACCACUACUCGCCGCCGUCGUCCGACGCGUCGGCGAGCCCCGACUCCAGUGUCCGCACCACCAAUGCCGCGCCGCCGCCGCCGCCCCCGCCGCCUCCCCCGCCCCCGCCGUCCUCCAUCUUCUCCAACCUCUUCAAGAACAAGAAGGGCGGCAGCAAGAGCCGCCGCAUCCACUCCGUCGCGCCGCCGCAGCCGCCACCCCCGCCUCCACCCACUCGCCGAUCCAAGAAGCCACCCCCGCCUCCGUCUCGCCCCGCUCCUCCAGCACCAUCGCCGCCACCGGUCAGUGCGCGCCCGCCGCGCGCCCGCGUGCACGCGCACACGCACACGCACACGCACGCGCAGCAGCCGCCAUUGUACCCCACCCCCAGGCGCGUCUACUACACCUACUACCCGCUCCCGCCGCCGUCGCCGCCGCUACCUCCACCUCCCCCGCCGCCACCACCGCUGGUAUCCGAGGGCGAUGGUGAUACUCCUUCGGUGCCGGCCUCGCCGGCGCCAUCGUACUGCGCGAGCCCCGACGUGAACACGAAGGCGGACAGGUUCAUCGAGAGCUUCCGCGAGGGGCUGAAGCUGGAGAAGCUCAACUCGUACCGGGAGAAGUGGCAGAGGCACAUCCAAGAGGACGCCACCGUCGAGAUUGAAGAGGAGGGAGAGUUCAUGGUGAUCGGGUCGCUCUUCGGCAGCGACGAUGAGGAUGACGACGGCAUCUCGUUGCCGGAGACGCCGGCGACCGCUGCUGUCGCCGUCGGCUUCUAACGACACUGACAUUGAAGGGAAAAUUUGAAAAGAAAAAAAAAAGGGAAAUUGGUCCAGAAAAUGGAGGGGGAAAAAAGGAUGCCACAAAAGACCAUUUCUUAUGGCUGCUAAUCCCGGUUUGCCUGCAGUACAGUAUUCUUUGUGAAUGAUUUCCUUUUUCGCUAAUAUUCGGUAGUUAGCGGAUUGACAGUGAGAUUUGUGUGAGAGAGGGAGCCAUUUUUGUGCUUAUUUUAAAAUGGCCAAAAAGCUCUCUUUGGGUGUUGCAUUAGGUGAGCCGAUGUGAAUUUCAUGUCGAUUGCACUUUGGAAAGCUUUUGGAGUUUGUAAAAUACAUUAUGAGAAAGUUACACAUCUUUACCCUUUCCUUUCUA